UAUGGUGGGCCCGUUGCACCAUAUAAUUUGCUGGUCGAAAUGGACAAAGCAAUGAACACGACGAGCUGUUCUUCGUCAUCAUCUCUCAUCCCUGAGCCAGGAUUAUACCUUUAUUGGAAACACAUGGAAGACCCCGUUUCAUUCAUUGUUUGAAGUUUAAAGGAAGCAUCUUUGCAGGCUUUCAAGCGGGAGCCACAAGAAAAAGAAAGAAGCUUUCAUUUAUCAUUUUCCUAUUUGCAGUUAAGAACACUCUACAAUGGUGGUUGAACAUGGAAAUUUCAACUUAUUGCAAAGGAAUUAAUUGAUGGAAAUUCCAACUUAAUACAAUUCCAACCUCCUGGAAGCAAAUCUUUGAUAUGGAACCGUGGGUGAAGAUACUUAGAUCGUUGUAAUUAUCAGUUUGUUUUUGGAUUGAAGGGUGAUCAAACUUUGAUUCCAUUUUCUACCUAUGGAAAGGUAUAAAGUUCUAUUACCAGUAAUGCAAAGAAUAUCGACCUUAAGAAAUGACAGCACUCCCUGCAAAAUCGAAGAGGGUCUCUACUUGGGAUCUUUUGGAGCUGCUGGAAACAGGAGCGAACUGAAAAGCUUGAAUAUCACACAUAUAUUGACGGUUUCAAAUUCACUAUCCUCUCUAUAUCCAAAUGAUUUUGCGUAUAAGACCAUUAGCGUAUCAGAUAAAGGAGAUGUUGACAUAGCACAAUGUUUUGAGGAGUGUUUUGAAUUCAUUGAAGAAGGGAAGAGGAGUGGCGGUGUCUUGGUUCAUUGCUUUCUGGGAAGGUCCCGAAGUGUAACUAUAGUAUUGGCUUAUCUGAUGAAAAAGCAUGGUAUGAACUUAGCUCUAGCUUUGGAACAUGUGAGAAAGGGAAGGAAAGAAGCAUCGCCUAACUCUGGUUUUAUUGCACAGCUGAAGGAGUUGGAGAAAACUCUUCGAGGGACUUCAAAUCUACCGGGCUGAAAGAAUUCAUUAACUGUAGUAAUCACAGGACCAGGGCUAGUCAAGGGGAGCUUAGAACUGGAGCAUUUAGAAGAAGACCCUGGUGAUAACCCCGGAUGUGUAGCAUUGGGCACAGCCCGUGAGUAUGCAUGGUGUCAAUGAGCCCAUACAGUAUUGUAUGGUGUAGGAGAUGUUAUAUUGUAAAGUUCGAAGUCUAACAUUUCAAUCAUUAGUGUAGCUAUAUUGUCAUUCUCCAGAAUGUCUAUUUAAACUUUUUCAAGCCAUGAGGGUUCUUUCGGAAGAAAAAACCAUGGCGGAUGAUGUCGGUUUUAAAAAAGGUAACAAAACUUAGUCGAUACAGCAAAAAGUAGUGCUACAAUAAAAAUUACUAAUACGGUAAUACCCAUAGUUUUGUACUUCCAUUUAUAUGUCUUGUUUU